UUUAUUAAGACGCCGAAGAAGACGUUGCGGAAGCACAUGGUGGUCCUUAGAGUUGUGGAAGUGUUUACUACUCGGCUGUCUACACAUUAAAUAGCAUAACAAAACAUUUAUAGUAAACAUAUUUAGGAUCGUUUUAUCUACGCUCUUUUACCUCCAAAAUGGCUCGCGCUAAAAGGGGUAAACGGCUCCAGAAGUCGAACAAAGAGCAAUAUCACGAAGAUGACCCAGAAGCCUACAAAAACAUGCCUGUCCCCGAUAAAACGUCCUCGGAGUACAUAAAGGAUAAAAUUGACGAGUUUCAUGAUGCAAAGAUUGCGAAACUUUUGGCCAGUGGAGUUGACAUGGCGAGCGAUGAAGAGGAUCUGGAUGAUGAGGAGGAGGUGAUGGCCCUGGAGACUGAUGAUACUGAUGAUGAUGAGGAGGAGGAUGUUGAUGAAGAAGAAGAGGAUGAGGACGAUGAUGAAGGGACCGACAUGGAGAGUGAUCUCGAGGGAAAGCAAGACAAUGAGCUUCCCAGUGAUUUAGCAUGGGGCACCAAGAAGAAGAUGUUCUACGACUCGGACUAUGUGACAACAAAAGGUAAAACGCACGAAGAGCUGGAAGCAGAGGAACAAGAGGAGGAAGAAGAGGCCAAAAAUAUCCAAAAACGCUUAACGGAAAACCUGACCGAGGAGGAUUAUGACUUCACCUUUUUUCAGGAGUUUCCUGCGACAGCAGAGGAGAAGAGCGAUGAGAAAGUUGUGGGAAAGGAGGAGAGGAUCGUUAAGGACCUGAAACAGAUGUCCCAGAAGGAGAAAAUGAAGCUGCUGAAGAAGGAAUCGCCAGAGCUCCUUGAACUCAUUCAGGACUUCAAGACAAAGCUCACAGAAAUGAAGGAGUUGCAGCCCCUCCUACAGAUGGUCAAGGAUGGAAAGAUCCCACCAGGAAAGGGUGCCGCCUACCUGAAGACCAAACGUCAGCUUUAUCUCAAUUACUGUACCAACAUCAGCUACUACUUGGUGCUCAAAGCCAAACGAAUCCCCGCUCACAAUCAUCCAGUGAUCGAACGACUGCUUGCCUACAGAAAUAGUCACAUGGGUGUGCUGGAGCCUAUCCCAGCUGACUUCAGGACAAGAGGCGGUGUACACUCUGGACCGCUCAUCAAUGGACUGAGUGCAGUUGAUGCCCGCCUAGCGCCGCAGUAUCGCAAGCUGCUGGCCGCUAAGGAAAAAGACAAGCUCACCAGCAGACCAACACCGGAGAAGAAGGCUGGAGUCUCCACUAAGGAGGACGCGGAUGAAGAAGAAAACACAGCGCCAGAGACAGAGGAAGCACCGUCAGAUUCUGACCUGGACGAGGAAGCAGCGUUGAACUUUUACAAACAAGUGGAGGAGAGGAUGAUGUUGAAGAUUAAGAGGAAGAAGAAUAGAGCUAAAGAGGUGGAGGAACAAGUUGAUGAGGAGGAAGAAAUGGAUCCAGAAGCUAAGAGAAGCAUCACAUACCAGAUGGCCAAGAAUAAAGGUCUUACCCCCAAGAGGAGGAAGAUCGACCGCAACCCCCGAGUCAAACACAGGGAAAAGUUCAGGAGGGCCAAGAUUCGCAGAAAGGGCCAGGUCCGUGAUGUGCGUCGGGAGGAGACGAGAUACAGCGGAGAACUGUCCGGCAUUCGUGCAGGAGUCAAGAAGAGUAUCAAGCUUAAGUAACCGCACACCGCUGCAUUUUUUUUUUCUGAUCAUGUAAAACAUGCUGAUUCAUUGUGGGGCACUAAAAAGAAUAUACUUAGAAUAGACACAAUUUAAAAUACUGUAUUACAUGCUGUCCAUGUACACAAACUUCAUAGUAUCAUUCAUUGAACAUCAUGUCAAACCAUUACAGUCAUAUGAUUAUUAAUUAGUCAUGUUUCAAGAAAUAUACUGUAAUGACCUAAAAUGUACAGUCACAUUAUAUUCAACUUCUCAUCAUGUGAAUCAGAGCUUUUAUUCCUGUCAAACACCAGCGACCUCAAAGGUUGAACAAGUUAGCAAAGAAUUCUGAUGCUCAUUCUAAAGUAAUUGUGAACAGUGACACAGAGUCAUGAAACAGUGAUUAAGUAAAAUGCAAUAUUGAUCAUGUUUUCGUCUUAACAGGGACCUAAUAUUCUUUUUCCACUUUUCUGACCUAUAAAUGUAGUUAGAAUGUUGUAUUCUUGUGUUAAAACGAUGCCAAAGUUUCAGAUAAUGAGCUUUGCGCAUUUGGAAGUGAGUCCUGAAAGUUUAAGGUGGCUCCAAACUCUGUUUUAAUUUUAAAAUAAUUAAUAGCCACUGUGGGAUGCCACUAAGGGUUGUCUGAUAUUCGGGUCAAUAUGGUACCGAUUGGCUUGCUGCCAUGUAAUAACAUUCUUACUUUGCUUCAAGAUAUUACCAACUUUGAUACAAAAGUUGCAUAGAUUUAUCGAUUGACAUGAUUGAUUUUAGUAAUCAAUUAAUUAUCCCUACCACAGAUACAGACCAAAUCGAAACUCCAAUAAUGAUCAACCCGCUUGCUGUGUAAUAAACUGGCCGUGCGCAGUUGUCAAAUUAGUCACUAUCCUCUCCUCGAUCUCCACCUCAUUCUUCAUGUCCUCUUUGGAGAGCACUACCUCAUCCUGGGUGCUCGGGGUCACAACCACAACGUAACCCCGCCUGGAGUCCAGAACAUUGGCUACGACCACCUGGUGCCUGUAGGUAUCCAGCGCUCUUCGAGCCUUCUCCAACAGGAUGGAGGAGUCUGUCUCCAGUUUGAAGGAUAUGACAAAAGCCUGCGGUGCCCAGUCCUUCACCAACGGGGACAGGAUUUUGGGAACCAUAUUCAUGGUUAGCUGCAGGAAGGAGGAUAAGGACCAAAGCCAUGUUAGUCACUUUAAUGCUAAUGCUGCAGAAGAACGUAAACAGGUUUUCUUGCCAUGACUAUGACAACAUUAAGUUGUAUUUGUAAUUUUCUAUGUGUGGAAAAACUCACUUGAAGAGGUCCAUUUGAAGACUGGAUUUUGUGCUCGGGCAUUUCCGAUGCUGGGAUGUAGAAAUCCGACACUGCUGCAGCCAGGUAAAACAUAGCCUUCGAUCCUGCGUUGCAGAGCAAACUCGCUAUGAGCAACAUGCCAACAAUGCAGCCACUUCUACAGACUGUAUGUCUACCUAUGGUGCUGAGUGCCUGCGCUGCUGCUUUAAGUAAGUGCAGAUACUCCGACAGGGUGCUAAAGUCAAUGGGGAGAAGUAGUUGGCUAUUUGUUACGUCCUGGUAGCGCUUUAGCACUUUGGUGAUGUUUGGGAGCACCUGCUGGUUCACCACCACAUCACCAGAGUUGCUUGCACUGAACUGCAGGGUGUCCAGCAUGUUGACAGUGGAGAACAUGCGAGUGUACGGAUACAUUGAACGAUGCCGGUGCAGGAAAAUGACAGCAUAGCCGGAGUCGAGAAAAUACUCGGCCGACGACGCUCCCCUCCUUCCGCUGCUGAAGUUGUCGAGGAAUCGAACGGUACGCGACUCCAGGGGGACUUUGGUGCCCCCGGAUGUGAUGAGAACCACGCGGCGACCAGCCUCUGCGUGACGCUGGGCAAAAGCAGCCAUCUUGUCCUUGACCUCUUUCACGUGAGCGGGAGCGGUGAACUCUUCGGCUAGCUUCCCAUCAAUGGAGGAUAUUCUGGGUUCGGCCAUGGCCUACUAAGGAGAGGGCAGCUGUGUUAGAAUGGACACUCAUUAGGAACUAAAGAUUACAAACAGGUCCCAUAAUAAUGCAGUACUUGCACACAAAUACAACAAUGCACUUUAACACUCCCAACCCUGGCUGAUUUAUUGAUACAGCUCUUGCAUUCAUUCCAUGUUUGCUCUUUUAUUAUUCAUUGACAGCCAUACUAUAUACAACAUAUAUGACGCCAUUCAAUAUCUAGUUAAUUACUAUAAAGACAAUGCCAAAAGGGAGGCACUUCACUAGUUUUACACUACCACAUAAAUAUAUAUAUGUACUAAUAUUGCAGUAGUACGUUUUAUCCUAAAAAGUAUUUGAAAUACCCCUAACUUUUUUGUGAGUAGUGUACAAUACUCGCACAAAAUAAAGCACAGUUUCAUUUUCGAAAACAAGCUAAGUCAUAGCAAAACCGAGUCAUGUCACGCGGUGCAUUGUGGCUUUAACAACCAAGCGCAAUGCUGCUAAAUGUUUUAUCAACAAAUUUGAAAUGCUGUAACUACAAUUUACUUGUGCAAGUAAUAAAAACAUUAUGACAAAGUCUUACUUUUUAAAUUCCCAGAUGAACUGACAGACAGCCGAACACCGCUUCUUGACAACUUCUGAACCACUUCCGGGACCUGGUGAGAUUU